AUGAUUGAAGGGAAAGUAGUGAAGCAGGAGAGCGGCCAUUUUAUGUUAGUAUGACGUAGAGGCUGGGUGUAGCUUCGCGUUGAACCGUCCGUGUUCUUUAAAAAAGGCGAGAAAAUCUGAAUUCUGAUGCUGGGGUCGAGGUAAAUGCUCGUACCACGCACUGAACGUGUGAAUUAUAAAUUAAGUCGAAGGAAAGUCGAAGGAAAUUAGUUAAAUAAGGCAGUACUGGGGUCUUGAAAGAACGAGCAUGAGCGAAGAAAGCAAUCCGCGAACGCUCUAUGUGGGAAAUCUAGACUCUUCGGUGUCGGAAGAACUAUUGUGUGCACUUUUUUCACAAAUAGGUGCAGUUAAAGGAUGCAAAAUUAUACGAGAACCAGGGAACGAUCCAUAUGCGUUCGUCGAAUUUACAAAUCAUCAAUGCGCGGCUACAGCGCUAGCCGCCAUGAACAAGCGAUCCUUCCUGAAUAAGGAAAUGAAGGUUAACUGGGCAACGAGCCCUGGAAAUCAGCCGAAGUUGGAUACGAGUAAUCAUCAUCACAUAUUUGUCGGCGAUCUGUCGCCAGAAAUUGAAACACAAACUUUAAAAGAAGCGUUUGCGCCUUUUGGCGAAAUUAGCAAUUGUAGAAUUGUACGCGAUCCACAAACCAUGAAAAGUAAAGGAUAUGCUUUUGUAUCAUUUGUGAAGAAGUCUGAAGCUGAAGCAGCGAUAGCAGCUAUGAAUGGUCAGUGGCUUGGAUCCAGAAGCAUCAGGACAAAUUGGUCAACUAGGAAACCACCACCACCAAGAUCCGAAAGGCCACGGCAUUCAAAUAAUAGCAAACCUAACUAUGAAGAGGUAUAUAACCAAAGUAGUCCAACUAAUUGCACAGUGUACUGUGGAGGUUUUACAAAUGGCAUUACAGAUGACCUGAUAACCAAAACUUUUUCUCCCUUUGGUACCAUACAAGAUAUAAGAGUAUUUAAGGACAAAGGAUACGCUUUCAUAAAAUUUACUACUAAGGAAGCUGCAACACAUGCCAUAGAAUCGACACAUAAUACAGAAAUUAAUGGUAGCAUUGUUAAAUGUUUUUGGGGAAAAGAAAAUGGUGAUCCCAACAGCGUGGGUCCAAAUGCAAAUCACCAAGCUCAACAGGUUACAGCUGGAGCUGGACAAUAUGCAUACGGAUAUGGCCAACAAAUGAGUUAUUGGUAUCCUCAAGGAUAUCCACAAAUGCAAGGCCAGUUUUUACAGCCUGCUCAGUACUAUGGUCAAUAUUAUGGACAACAGGCUCAAUAUAUGAAUAGCAUGCGAAUGCCUGCUCCUGGUGCAGGAACAUGGCAACCUGCACAAGCGACCGCUGCCCCACCGACCGCAACUGCACCAUUGCCACCAGGUCAGCAACCUGCAAUGGUAACAUAUACUAUGCCACAAUACCCCACGCAAUGAAAUUGAUCAUUGAUCAACAUCAACUAAUUGUUACAUAUGGUACAUUUGCCCCUGGGGCGUUUGCAAAAUCUGUUCUGUCAUAUACCUAUUCGAACAAGUUCAUUGGUAUUUUGACUGCAACAUGUACAAAUUCUCCAGUUUUACUUCAAUUGAAGUAUUAUACAUGGUAAAAAAAAGGUCUUAAAUUUAAUUGUAUCAAUAUCGACUGAUAUUUAAUUAAUAUUUCAAAAGACACCAUAAAAAAUUCAAAGUGUUAUAUAUAUGAAGAUAUAUACACUUUCACACAUUACAUUAAAUAUACAUUUUUCUUAUAUGUUUCUCUUGCCAAACGAUAGAAACGUAUACUAUUGUAAUAAAUGCAAGUUCAUUGGAAAAAGAAAAUAUAUCAUAGCAGUCAAUCCAUCAGUGUAAUAUAAUAAUCUUUUCAAAAUGGUUUGUAUUUUAUAGUGUUGAAUGAGGUAUAUUUCUGAACUUAAAAUUGCAGCCCCUUGAUGAGCCCUGCAUUCGUUGUGCUGCGUAAGGUGUACGUAUGUAUGCGAACAUUGCGUUGUUAUAUUUUUAAUAUUUUUGCCACAAUUACCAAUCUUUAGUUUAUUUCAAAUCAUUAAUGAACAAAGAUGAAUGUUCAUUUAUGGUAAACACAAAGUACGACAUUGAACAUAGUAUAAGAUAGGAAGUAUAGGUAGACACGGCGCCUGUGAUGUAGCUAGAUUUGGAUGCAUGCUUUGACGUAUGCAGGGCCCUAUUAAAAUAAAAUGUGCGAUAAACGAGUUAUAAACUUUCCUCGUUUUGUGAUAUUUAUCGUCGGUGGUAAAUGUACAAAACACAGUCUUAUAAACAAUUUUAAGAAAAUAUUCCUGGAAGUGUCAAAAAUUAAAUAUUUUAUGUCUAAUUUAAUACUUAAUUGAAUACACUUUAUUAUAUUAUUUAGUGACUCCUCUCCAUUUGUACAAAAGAAAUAGUGAAUCUUGGUGUAAUUAUUAAAAUGUAAUUUAAGUAUAAUGAUAAUGAUAAUGAUAAACACUUCCACUAAGAGGUUGGAGUCACUACUAUUUUACCUUCAUUAAUUUCUAUAUCAAUAGUUGAAGGUAUGUUCCUUUGAAUAUGUUGUAAAAUAUUCAGUUUUUCUCUUAAAAUAAUCAGUAUAUCAAUUGACAAUCACAUUUGAUAUUAUCUGAUAUUUCGAUAUUAUUGCAAUUGUCGUGUGGCACGAUACUUAUGCCUUCGUGUCUUCCAAUUAUUAUACAAGUUAUAAAAAAUUAUUGUAUAUCUUCGAUUUUCAAUAUAAUUAAUUCUAUAUAUAUAUAUUUUUUAAAGUUACUUUCAUUCUUCAAAAUUGAUUUUUCAGAAUUCACUCAUUUUACUAGUGAAAAGUUAAUAUAUUAACAAUAAAAAAAAUUAGAGCGAGGAGUUAGAGUCGAUACUUGUCGAUACUUCGCUUCACCACCGACGAUAAAAAGCCAUAAAUCUUUGAAAACCAAUUUGUAUAAAGUCAGUACUGAAUGUAAUAACAGGAGAAACAUAAUGUCAAAUAUAGCAAUGAUUAAUUGACUGCGAUAAGUGAUAUCGAAACUAUGAGAAGCCAAGAAAAAAAAAAACUUGUCUAUGGAUUAAUAAUAAUCACUGAAUGGAUGGAAGACAUUAAAAAAAUGUUAUAUGAAAAGUAAUUUAGGUACAGCAGGGUGCGAGACCCUCGAAAAUGCUUAGGAUAAUGUUAUCUUAUAAUAAAAACAAAUUGUCCUUUGAAUGAAAAAAAGGAAUAAAUAUUUAAAAUACACAAUAUUUUGUAUUAUUUCAUAGCCCACGUUAUUAUAAAAUAUAAAGUUAUGAAAUAAUAUCAAAAGUAAUUUUUUAAAUUUAUAAGAAACGUAGUACCUUCGUUUAUAACUGGUUAAAUGUAAAAAUAAUAUAAUAAGUUUUUUAAGUACAUACAAGGUAAUUUUAUUUUACAGCCGACAUACUUUUACAAUAAUCGUUUACGUUAUCCAAACAAUUUUUUUCCAAUCUCGUCGAGCACUUAAAAUACUUGAUAGUUUAUGUAGAAAAUAUAAUUCUGACUGAUUUUUUGACACAAUAAAAUUUAACGUUAAGUACAAUGUUUGCGAUUUAUUGAAGGAAAUAACUAUUUCUGUAUAACAGCAUCAACAUAUUCAAUUUAGCACGGAAAACAUUAUGCUAGUUAUACUAUUAUUAUUACAUCAAACCAAAUUUCGCGAAUAUUAUAUCAGUGUCAAGUUAGAAUAUUUUAGUACUAUAAUCCAAAAUGAUAAUUCAGCAGAAUUGUGACUAAUUUAAUUCAUUUUCACGUGAAAAUUGUGAGCAUUCCUUUUUUUAAAUGAAAUGCGCUAGAAUAGUUUGUACUGUACACUUUAUUACACACAAUACAUGCGUUCCUCGAUCUCGAUCACACAGCGACAAAAUACUAAGUAGAAUAUUUUUGUACAAUAAGUGACACUAUACUAUUCAAUUACAUUCAAAAAUUACUAUUUAAUUGCAUGAUGUCACUGAGUAUAUCAACGUUAAUUAAAUAUGUAUUUGUUAAUUGUUUCAUCAAGCGAAGAAUGCUACGAUAUAAUAUAUUAAAAGGAGGAGUUGCUCAACGAAAAUUUUAGUUUGCAAUCUACAAUUAUAAUAUCUGUCUCUAUCUUGUUCGACAUACUUUUUUACGUAAUUUAUAAUAUUGUUGAAAAAUAUAGAUUUGGCAUUUAAUCAAAAAUGAAAUUGAAAAAGGAAAUUUAUGAAGAACACAUCAUUCACGAAAUAAAAAUAAGUUUUACAAUUUUUCAUGUUACGUUUUAUCAAAUCAAUUACUACUUAUUUUGCUAAUAAAUUAUUAUCUUUUUAGUAAAAUUGCACAUUUACGCAUAUUAAAAGUGGAUAUGAAUUUUUUUAAAAUCAAUUUUAUGCUGUUAUCAAAAUAGCUUUCGUAACAUCGAAAAAAACGGGGGUUGGAAUUUAUAUAAUUAGGAAAACUUGCAUAAUUCAUGCAACCAUACGCAAUUCAUAUUUUAAUCCACAUUUGAUUACUUUUAAUUUACGUAGCAAUAAUUAAUAUUAGCAUUAUUAUUUUGCUUAUAUUCUUAAGAAUUUCCUAUUACAAGAUUUUAUAAAAGUAGCAAAAUAACUUAAUCAAGGCUGAGCGUGUUUUUAACAUGGAAGGCCAGGGUUGUAAAUAGAGAUAUCCCCAUAUUGAUAACAGUCUGUUGUGCAAGAUGAUCGAUAAAAUUCGGAUAAAAAUAUUUUACUUAUUGCUUACCAUAAAUUAUUUAACGCAAAAAAAAAAAAAAAAAAGA